UCCUUUUUCUUUCUGAGGUUUUUGGGGGUAAUUAUAAUGUCUCGCAUUUUCUCUUAGUUUUUGCCUCUCUGCACGGUUCUAAAUCUUCCAAUUCGUUUAAAGUUUCGCUUGGAAUGUCGUCGAAUUCCGGCCACCAGCAGUUCCGCUAUACUCAAACCCCGUCCAAGGUUCUCCAUUUGAGGAACUUACCAUGGGAAUGUACUGAAGAGGAGCUCAUCGAACUGGGGAAGCCAUUUGGUAAAGUUGUCAACACAAAGUGUAACGUUGGAGCCAAUAGGAAUCAAGCUUUUAUUGAAUUAGCAGAAUUAAAUCAAGCUAUUGCUAUGAUUUCAUAUUAUGCGUCAUCAUCUGAGCCGGCUCAGGUACGAGGGAAAAGCGUCUACCUACAAUACUCAAACAGACAAGAAAUUGUAAACAACAAAACUACUGCCGAUGUUGUUGGAAAUGUACUUUUGGUAACAAUUGAGGGAGAUGAUGCACGCAGUGUCAGUAUUGAUGUCCUACACUUGGUAUUUUCUGCAUUUGGGUUUGUGCAUAAGAUUACUACAUUUGAGAAGACUGCUGGUUUUCAGGCUCUGGUGCAAUUUUCUGAUACAGGGACUGCCUUUGCUGCGAAGGAUGCCCUUGAUGGAAGAAGCAUUCCAAGUUAUUUGAUUCCGGAGCUGGGACCAUGCACGCUUAGGAUCACAUAUUCCGCUCAUACAGACCUGAGUGUAAAAUUCCAGAGUCAUCGUAGUAGGGACUAUACGAACCAUCUUCUCCCUGUUGCUCCUUCAGCUAUAGAUGCGAGUGGCCAGUUCAAUCCAGGAUUUGAUGGGAAAAAGCUGGACCCAGAGAGCAAUGUUCUUCUUGCAUCAAUCGAAAACAUGCAGUAUGCAGUUACCUUGGAUGUUUUACAUACGCUCUUUUCAUCUUUUGGGCCUGUUCUCAAAAUUGCAAUGUUCGACAAAAAUGGUGGUCUUCAGGCUUUAAUACAGUAUCCUGAUGCUCAGACUGCUAUUGCUUCAAAGCAAGCCUUGGAUGGACACUGCAUAUAUGAUGGAGGAUACUGCAAGCUGCAUAUCUCGUUUUCUCGGCAUACUGAUCUAACUAUAAAGAUAAACAACGAUAGAAACAGAGACUACACAAUUCCUACAACUCCUCUUCCAAACCCUCAGCAAUUAGGGCAGCAAUCAUCGUAUGCAGUGGGAGGUCCAGGUGCUCAGGCUUACUAUGGAGGGCAAUAUGCUAUGCCUCAGCCGAUGCCAAUGCAAAUGCAUAAUUACCAUUAUGCCCCUCCUCCCACGAGUACUGCUGUGGGCCCCGUAGUAAUGACAAGUCAUAGCCAAAAUGGGCCACCACACUCAUCCUCAACGGUCCCUUAUCAUCAUACUCAGUAAUAUGACCGCAAUUUUUUUACUAGACUCGGAAAGUUACCCCGGUUGCUUUGAAUUUGCUAUUUCUUUUUAACCCUUAAUAUUUACCGAUACGAGAGAUUCAAUGCUAAGAUUCUGGUGUGUGUGGCUUCUGAUCCCAUAUUCGAGUUUUUAUUUAUUUAUUUAAGAAAAACAAUGUGUUAUCCAAACAAAUUGACACCACAAUAAUAACUCUUAUUAAUUUUUAUUU